GUUACAAAAACGCACACACUGACACGCAAACCGAUACUCCGCUUCACCACAAGGACCAACACACUGACUGACCAGUGCUGUCCAGCCGCGUGAAUCAGAGAGCCUGUUGUGUGGAUGUGUGCAGCCCUCUGGACUUGGUGGGAGGGGGAGAAGUUUCCCCAAAGACGAGCUUGGAUCACUGAGAGACGACGAUGCCUUUCUCCUCUAGCUCAGUCUCACACGCUGCUCAGUGGAUUUGCUGAUUCCCGAAAUUAUUUCUGCAAGUUAUUCAACGGGACUGAGGAGAGAUUUUGAGCCAGAGGAUGCUCCCACAGGUCAUUCGGAUUCUGUAUGUCUUGUCUUUCUGCUUUUUCCAAGGAGGCUUUAUCAGACUGAGCUCCUGUAAGGAGGAGAUAAAGCCCCCCAGCAGGGCAGGACCACAGCUGUCGCCUUCUGACUUCCUGGACAAGCUCAUGGGAAGAACGUCAGGAUAUGAUGCCCGCAUCAGACCCAACUUCAAAGGCCCACCUGUGAAUGUCACCUGCAAUAUUUUCAUCAACAGCUUUGGGUCCAUCACAGAAACUACCAUGGACUACAGGCUCAAUGUAUUUCUACGGCAAAAAUGGAAUGACCCUCGUCUGGCAUACAGCGAAUACCCAGAUGACUCCCUUGAUCUGGAUCCAUCCAUGUUGGACUCUAUCUGGAAACCCGAUUUAUUCUUUGCAAACGAGAAAGGAGCCAAUUUCCACGAGGUCACCACCGAUAACAAGCUGCUACGGAUUUUCAACGAUGGCAGCGUUCUGUACAGCAUCAGGCUGACUCUUACCCUGUCCUGCCCUAUGGACUUGAAGAAUUUCCCAAUGGACAUUCAGACCUGUACCAUGCAGCUUGAAAGCUUUGGUUACACCAUGAAUGACUUGAUCUUUGAGUGGCUGUCUGAGAACCCCGUUCAGGUGGCUGAUGAUCUCACCCUCCCCCAGUUUGUGCUGAAAGAGGAGAAGGAUUUGGGCUACUGCACUAAAUAUUACAACACAGGUAAAUUCACCUGCAUUGAGGUGAAGUUUCACCUGGAACGUCAAAUGGGCUACUACUUGAUCCAGAUGUACAUCCCUUCCCUCCUCAUCGUCAUUCUCUCAUGGGUGUCUUUCUGGAUAAACAUGGACGCUGCACCAGCCAGAGUGGGCCUGGGCAUCACCACUGUCCUGACGAUGACCACGCAGAGCUCUGGUUCCAGAGCCUCACUGCCCAAGGUGUCCUAUGUGAAGGCGAUCGACAUUUGGAUGGCGGUGUGCCUUCUGUUUGUGUUCGCUGCCCUGCUGGAGUACGCGGCAGUUAACUUUGUCUCAAGGCAACACAAGGAGUUCAUCAGGCUGAGGAAAAAGCAGCGGCAGCAAAGAAUAGAGGAGGAACUGGUGAGAGAGAGCCGUGGUUUUUACUUCCGGGGUUACGGACUGGGUCACUGCCUGCAGACCAAGGAUGGUACAGCUGUAGAAGGGCCCACCGUCUUCCACCCCCCACCUCCAGUUACCAUGUACGACGGCGAGAUACUUCACAAGCGUUUUGUGGAUCGGGCCAAGCGCAUUGACACCAUAUCCAGAGCUGUCUUUCCCUUGAGCUUCCUCAUAUUCAACAUCUUCUACUGGGUCACCUAUAAAGUGCUGCGACAUGAAGACAUCCAUGCAAAUUUGUAAAAUGCUCUCUGCCGACUCCAGUUGCUGUAUUUUAUUUUAUUUUAUUUUUUUCUCAGAACCAAAACUGCCUGUCAGAUCUACAUUACCAUGAGGAAAUGUGUCAAGAGGCAUAUCUGCUUCUUAAAAACCAUUGCUAAAACUUUGUGCUCAGGUGCGUCUUCAGGAUCUCAGACAAGGAGUGAUUAAGCCAAAAGACAAGGUUAAGCUGCGUGGAUUCAGGGUGGUGUUGUUGCUGUUUUUCGAUUGCUCUCUGGUAUUUGUCUUGGUUUGAUUCGUUCGGAUUACAACAGAGACAAUACACUGCUGGUACUUGUGGGUUAAUGACGUUUUGUUGCAAUGAUGGCUAAAAGCAAGAGUUUUAACAUUAUGGAAGAGAGAAGUCGAUGUUGAUCCUGGCUGGAUGAGACAUACUGACUUGAAUUUUGACACUAUUUAACAUCUUUGAAUGAAUGUUUUUGAAAAUUCAAAAGAUAAUGGAUUUUUUUACACCUUUAGAUUAUCAAAUAGGUACAAAUGGGUGUGUGGGGGGGCGGCGGGUGGGUGAGGAAACAGUCUUUGAUAUUUAUGAAUAUUCAAUAAGUGG